AUGCAGAGCACCCCAAACUACCUCUGGAGCACCGAGGACCUCCUGGGCCAGGGUGCCACAGCGUCAGUCUACAAGGCUCGCAACAAGAAAUCUGGGGAGCUGGUUGCUGUGAAGGUUUUUAACAAUGCCAGCUACCUCCGGCCCCAGGAGGUCCAGAUGAGAGAGUUUGAGAUGCUGAGGAAGCUGAACCACAAAAACAUUGUCAAACUCUUUGCUGUGGAGGAGACAGGCAGCAGCAAGCAGAAGGUGCUGGUGAUGGAGUACUGCUCCAGUGGCAGCUUGCUGAGUGUGCUGGAAGACCCAGUGAAUGCCUUUGGCCUGGCUGAGUCUGAGUUCCUCAUCGUGCUGCAGUGUGUGGUGGCAGGGAUGAACCACCUGCGUGAGAACGGCGUGGUGCACAGGGACAUCAAGCCUGGGAACAUCAUGCGGCUGGUGGGGGACGAUGGGCAGAGCGUCUACAAGCUGACGGACUUCGGGGCUGCCCGAGAGCUGGAGGAUGAUGAGAAGUUUGUGUCUGUCUAUGGCACAGAGGAGUAUCUUCACCCUGACCUGUACGAGCGAGCGGUCCUGCGCCAGCCCCAGCAGAAGACCUACGGCGUCACCGUGGACCUCUGGAGCAUUGGUGUCACCUUCUACCACGCUGCCACUGGCAGCCUGCCCUUCCUCCCCUUCGGGGGACCUCGCAGGAACAAGGAGAUCAUGUAUAAAAUCAUCACCAAGAAGCCUCCCGGAGCCAUCGCAGGGGUGCAGAGGCAGGAGAAUGGCAGCAUCGAGUGGAGCUAUGAGCUGCCCAUCACCUGCAGGCUCUCCACGGGGCUGAAGGACCAGCUGAUACCCAUUUUGGCUAACAUCCUGGAGGCAGAUCAGGAGAAGUGCUGGGGGUUCGACCAGUUCUUUGCAGGCACCAACGACAUUCUGCACAGGGUGGUGGUCAAUGUCUUCUCCCUGCAGCAGGCUUCCUUCCAUCACAUCUACAUCCACUCCUACAACACUACCACCAAGUUUUUAGACGCUGUCUUCAAACAAACAAAUAUAGCCCCACACCAGCAAGAGUAUUUUUUUGAAGGUCAUCUGUAUGAGCUGGAUCCGAAUCUCCAAGCUCAUCAUUUCUGCAAAACCACAGAGCACAACCCUCUGACCCUUCUGAGCACUGCUGAGCAACCAGAGGAUGUGGUAGGAGUGAGAUACAGAGACCCGGCUCUUGAAUUCCCAAAGUUCGUCCCCAAGGUGGACGUGGUGGCCGACUGCAGCGCAGCCAAGAGCAUGGUGGGUGCCCUGCACCAGACGCUGCGCAUCGCCCAAGCCCUGCGGCGCUGCCGGGAGCUGCUGGCCAGAGGUCUGCACUGGGUGAUUGGGAACCUGAAAACAGAGUGUUCAAGGAUUUUGGAGCAGAGGAGAGGAGCUCAUUCGGUGCUCACCUGCCUGCAGCUCACUGAGGUGAAGACCUAUGUGCUGUACGAGGCUGCUCCUGCAGGCAGUGGGGUGCCAGCUCUGAAGGACAUGGCCACGGUGAAGACCAGGCUGCAGAGGGUUGCUGAGGAGCUCUCUCAGUGCUCCCACAACAUCUUUGACUUCCAGGGGGCCUUGGACAGCAUUUUGUCUGAGCUGGUGAAGCACAGGCGCCAAGUGCAUGAAGACAAGAGCAUCCGGCAGAUGGAGUGCUGCCUGGAGAAGGUGCAGCUGAUCUACAAGCAGUUCAAGAAGGCCAGGAGCUGCCUGAGGUUGGGCUACAACGAGGAACAAAUCCACAAGCUGGAUAAGCUGAAUUUAGGGCACCUGGCCAGGAAGGUUCUGUUGAUUUUCCAGGAUGAUUGUGUCCAGCAGUACCAGGAGGCCCUGGCUCUUCAUGGCAGCAGGAUGAGGAAAGUUUGUGAGAUAAAGAAGCAUCUGAAGAGGCUCAGCAACCGCAUCAGUGCCUGCAGUGUGGAGACCAUGGAGUGCCAGGAGUGCCUGCAGAGUGCUCUGGACAGGUUUCUCCAGACAGAGAAGCAGAGUUUGGCCUCAGUUCCUCCUGCACCUCCCCCCCUCCAGCCACACCAGGAGAUGGUUUUUCGGAUGCAGGAGCUGCUGGAGCAGAUGAAGUCAGUGAGCUGUGAUCUGCAGCUGAACAACAGCAUCAUUGAGAGGUUGAGUGGAGCUGCCCCAACUCCUGGGAUUUGA